AUGGAGAACGUUAUGUCUUCGCGAGUCUUGUCUCGCUUUCUGCCCGUUGCUGAGGGCGAUGUUUCAGUAAUAGAAGGGCUGCGGCGGGAUGCUGCACGACAAAGCGAUCUAGAGUCUCAGCAACCGACCACCUACAAUGAGGCCUUCCACGACGAAGACGACAACCCAGAAGCUUUCCUCUACGAUGCAACACAAGACACCUCCACUGAUCCAGGCCAAAGCCCGGAGAUGUUGGCAUUGCCAGCUGCAAGACAUUCAAGACCAAGAGCAGAGGCAUCGAAUUCAAAGAGAACUGCAGAGGAGGACGACGAUGUUCCAGAAUCACUUCUGCUGGAGCCUAAGAGCAAGCGUCAGUCCAGUCGUCCCGCCACAGGUGCCUCUCGCAUGGAGAACAAGCUUGCUCGAGCAGAUGCACAGUGGAAAGCGAUGCAAGAGCAACAGGGCCUGCACCCGUCUCCAGCAGCUCGAGCAACAAGACCCACAACUCGACACAGUUCCCGACCUUCUCAACCUCCGGCAGCUACUCCUACACCUGUACCAGGCACGCGAACUGACCCUCAAACGGAGGCUCUUUGGCUCUACACCAAUGCUACCAACCUCGAUGCGUUUUUACUUGAGGUGUACGACUACUACGUUGGCCAUGGUGUUUGGUCUAUAAUGCUCUCUCGUGUGCUCAGUCUGGCCACAGAGCUUUUCGUCUUCAGCUUCGCCAUGUUUCUGACGACCUGCAUCGACUACUCCAAGAUCCCCACCAGCAAGACAACGUCGGAGGUGAUGAUUCCCAAGUGCAUGUCUAAGGCAUCGUGGCUGAAGAGUGCCGCCCUCUUCUUCUUCAUUGUGUACUGGCUUUCCCAGAUAAUCCGCUAUAUUGGCGAAACGAGGCGUCUCUUCCGCAUGCACAACUUCUUCCAUCACGUCCUAGGCAUUAGUGACGAUGACAUUCAGACUGAGUCUUGGGUACGCGUGGUUGACGGCCUGAUCAGGGUGCAGAAUGCGAACAUCGCCACAGCCAACCCAUCCGCUCAAGUGAGGAAGUAUCUUGACUACAAGGAGCCACAGCAGAGGCUCAGCGCCGAGAGCAUUUCGAAUCGACUGAUGCGCCAGGCGAACUAUUACGUUGCGUUCUACAACAAGGUUAUCUUCGACUUCACCCUACCGCUACCUUUCAUUGGCGCUCGUCAGUUCUACUCCAAGAGUCUGGAAUGGUGCAUAGACUUCUGCUUCACCAACUUCAUCUUUGACGAACAAGGCAGUAUCAGGCCAUUCUGUCUGGAUGUCAAGAACCGCAGUGCUCUGGUCGAAGCUCUGAGGACGCGACUUCGCUUCGCCGCAGUUACCAGUGUUAUCGUCGCGCCGUUCAACAUCCUUCGAUUCUGCAUCAUGUACUUCUUCCGAUAUUACACCGAGUUCACCAAAAAUCCGUCUCGAGCAAGUUCCAGGACCUUCACACCUUACGCGGAGUGGAAGAUUCGAGAGUUCAACGAGCUGGAACACCUCUUUCGACGACGCCUUCGACAAGCACAUCCCUUCGCGAACGACUAUCUCAAACAAUUUCCAAAGGACAAGAUGGACCAAAUCUCCCGGUUCAUUGCAUUUGUGAGCGGCGCUAUUGCUGCCGUGCUGACCUUGGGGACUUUGAUCGAUUCAGAAAUGUUCUUGGCAUUUGAGGUGACGCCAGGCCGGACCGCUUUCUUCUGGAUCGCAGUCACCGGCGCCAUUUUCGCCUUUGCCCAUGGCUCGGUGCCGGACGAGAACGAGGUGCACGAUCCUGUGUUGCAUCUGAAGGAAGUUUUGAUGUACGUCCAUUAUCAGCCCAAGCAUUGGAAGGAUCGCCUACACAGCAACGAAGUGCGCGCAGAGUUCUCGGCCAUGUUCCAGAUGAGGCCGCUCAUCUUCGUGGAGGAGAUUCUCAGUCUCAUUGUAGCGCCAUGGCUGCUCUGGCGCAAUUCUGGAAAGAGGUGCGAACGAAUCAUCGACUUCUUCAGAGAACAGACUGUGCACGUCGAAGGCGUGGGUUAUCAGUGCAACUUUGCCGUCUUCAAUUUCAAGAAGGAUCCAAAUGCCGACGAUGCCACUGCUGUGCUGAACGAGCCAGAUGGACUUCGUGACGACUACUACGCUGUCAAGGAUGACAAGAUGGCUCAGUCCGUGCAGAACUUUGCGCAGUACUACUUACAUUAUCGCCAGACUUCUCGCCGACCAGGAUGGCAACCACCUCCGAUGUGGCCUCCAGUAAUGUCGCCGCCCUCCAUUGCUGAAGAACCUGGCCCAACUGGCGUAUCAGCUCGCCCAAGCCCACCUUCUGCAAGGAAGUCUGCAUUACUGGAUCCUCGCCAGCGACCCUCAUCAUCUAUGCUUCGCUCCCCGAGACAGACUGGGCUAAAUGCUCCGAGACGAGGUAUUGCUCAGCGGUCCGAUGAAAGUGGCAGAAGGACUACUACCGUCCAAGGGGUCUCGGAAAGCAGACUUAUGGCUCAGGAUAGUGACCUGCAGGACUUUGCCGAUGCGCCUGGAGUGAAGCAGCUUGAAAGCGACACCGAUCAAGACGAGAAUGAGGAUGCAAAGGAUGGUGUCAACACAGGAGUCUUGGGAAUGCUAGCGCAGCUAUCCAAGGCGCAUGCUGAGAAAGGACCGGGACCAGUGAACAUUUAA